GCGGCGUGCGCGCAUGCGCACAAGGUCCCGCGCGGCUUCCGCCCUGGCUAAGAUGGCGGCGCCCGGGGUCCCGUGCGGCAGCCUUAGAGGGUGCCGCCGCCCUGGGCGAGGUCAGGCCGCCCCGCGCGGAAGAACCGCCCCCAGCGGCUGCACCACCGCCGCGUAGCAGACGAGCCCAGGCCCGCCCUGGACGGCAGCCGCGCCAUGGACUCUCCGAGCUCCUCUAAGUCCCACUGUUCCGUCGGCCCCACCAGUCCCGGCUCGGCCGUGCUCCUCUACGCGAAAGAGCUGAAAAAGUGGGAUGAGUUUGAAGACAUCUUGGAGGAGAGGAGGCACGUCAGUGACUUGAAAUUUGCAAUGAAAUGCUACACACCUCCUGUCUAUAAGGGAAUUAUUCCUUGCAAGCCAACUGAUAUUAAGGAUAGAGUUCUUAAUUCUGAAGAGAUUCAUUAUGUCAUUAAUCAGCUUUCCAAGGAGUCCCUUCAGUCUGUUGAUGCCCUCAGGGAAGAAGCUUGUGAGAUCUUGGAGGAAAUGAGUCAUAAACUUCGUCUGGGAGCCAUUCGUUUUUUCGCCUUUGCCCUGAGCAAAAUAUUUAAACAGAUUUUCUCGAAGGUGUGCGUGAAUGAAGAAGGCAUUCAGAAACUGCAACGUGCUAUCCAGGAGCAGCCUGUGGUCCUGCUGCCGAGUCACCGGAGUUACAUUGACUUUCUGAUGCUGUCUUUUCUGCUCUACAACUAUGACUUACCUGUGCCAGUCAUAGCAGCAGGGAUGGACUUCCUGGGGAUGAAGGUGGUCGGGGAGCUGCUGAGGAUGUCAGGGGCCUUCUUCAUGCGACGCACCUUUGGCGGCAACAGGCUGUACUGGGCCGUGUUCUCUGAGUACGUGAAGACGAUGCUGCGGAAUGGAUACGCUCCAGUUGAAUUUUUUCUUGAAGGGACAAGGAGCCGCUCUGCCAAGACCUUGACUCCUAAAUUCGGUCUCCUGAACAUUGUGAUGGAGCCAUUUUUUAAGAGAGAAGUUUUUGAUACCUACCUUGUCCCAAUCAGCAUCAGUUAUGAUAAGAUACUGGAAGAAAGUCUUUAUGCCUAUGAGCUUCUGGGAGUUCCUAAGCCAAGAGAAUCUACAAGUGGGUUGCUGAAAGCAAGAAGGAUUCUCUCUGAGAACUUUGGAAGCAUCCAUGUGUACUUUGGAGACCCUGUGUCACUUCGAUCUCUAGCAGCUGGGCGGAUGAGUCGGAGCCUGUAUACCUUGGUCCCAAGAUACAUCCCUCAGAAACAGUCCGAGGACAUGCAUGCCUUUGUCGCUGAAGUUGCCUACAAAAUGCAGCUUCUACAAAUUGAAAACCUGGUUCUGAGCCCGUGGGCUCUGGCAGUUGCUAUUCUGCUUCAGAACCAGCCUUCCAUGGACUUUGAUGCCCUGGUGGAGAAGACCUUAUGGCUGAAAGGCUUGGCCCAGGCGUUCGGAGGGUUCCUCCUCUGGCCUGAUAACAAGCCUGCUGAAGAAGUAGUGUUGUCCAGCAUUCUUCUGCACUCCAACCUUGCCAGCCUUGUCAAAGACCGGGUGGUUCUGAAAGUGGAUUCCGGGGACUCGGAAGUGGUCGAUGGGCUCAUUUUCCAGCAUGUCACUCUCCUCAUGUGCUCAGCGUAUAGGAACCAGCUGCUCAACACUUUUGUCCGUCCCUCUCUAGUAGCUGUGGCCUUGCACAUGACACCCAGGUUCAAGAAAGAGGAUGUCUACAGUUGCUUCCACUUCCUACACGAUGUGUUUUUAGAUGAGUUCAUCUUCCUUCCAGGAAACACACUCAGGGACUUUGAAGAAGGCUGCUACUUGCUUUGUAAAAGUGAGGCCAUACAAGUGACUGGGAAGGACAUCCUCAUCACAGACAAAGGAAAUGCCAUAUCAGGAUUUCUAGAGGGACUCUUCAAGCCUUUCGUAGAGUGCUACCAGAUCAUUUGCAAAUACCUCCUGUACGAGGAAGAGGACUGCUUCACUGAGAAACACUACCUGUGUGCAGUGAGGAAGUUCACAAGUCAGCUUCUUGAUCAAGGCGCCUCUCAGUGUUACGAUGUAUUAUCUUCUGAUGUGCAGAAGAAUGCCUUAGCAGCUUUUGUGCGACUUGGUGUGGUGGAGAAGAAGAAGGUAAAUAAUGGCUUUGUAUUCCGUGUGAACGAACCAGCCACCACCAAGUUGGAGGAAAUGCUAGGUUGUAAGACGCCAAUAGGAAAACCAGCCACUGCAAAACUUUAAUGAUUACGAAAUGCUUAUGGAAAACUUGGUCACAUAAUUACUGUUAAAAAGAAGUUACAAACAGACAUAAAGGAAGAGACACAUCUUCUUGUGCUCUUCAGACUUUGCAACCUGUGGACUCACAGAGAGGAAGAGGUGAUCAUUGUGAACAGUCGUGUGAUCUUCCUCACCACGGGAUGGUCAGAGGCAUUUGUGUCACCCUGUAUGUGUUUUAAAUAAAGCAACCUUUUGAAAACA